AUGAAUAAAUCCCAAAAAUCUAAAACACCAAAAAGAAAAAUAACGUGGGACUUAGCAGCUCAAUUAAUUGAAUAUGCAACUGCUGCAGAUCUCAAAAUUAUUGAUGAACCGACUAACUUAAGAAUAUGUAACUUAUUAAAAGCUAAUAAGAAUAAAGCUAAAGAUUUAUUGAAUGUACUAAGAAAAAGAAUGCUCAAUAAAAGAGAUAAUGUUGUUUAUUUGUCACUUGUUUUACUCCAACAAACAAUUAUUGAAUGUCCAGAACUUAUUGACUUAUAUUCAACAAGUGCAUGGCAAGAUUGUUUUAUCACAACACUACUACGAACUAAUGUAUUAAUUGAAACAAAGAAAAAACUCUUAUCAAUUAUUCGUGGAAUGACUGAGUCAUUCCCAAAUGACUUAUUAUUCAAAGAUACUUAUGAACAAAUAAUUCAACACGGUAUUGAUUUUCCUGAAGCUGCUCAUUUUGGUUUGUUUUGUUUAUUUUAA